AUUACUAAUAUAUAAAUGGCUAGUUUAUUAAUUAAAGAUAAAUUAAGCAAUUCAGGAAACCGGCCCAGUAAGUCGCUAAAUAGGGACUAAAGUCAAUCUCCUCCACUGAUAAAGUGUCCUCGCUGGGAAGCUUCCUACACCAAAGAAAUUACACAUCUGGAGCAAAUCUCAAACCCAGUUUUGGGCUGCAGGAAGCAUUAGCUAGGUAAUGGCCGCGUCUUUAGUGGUGGGUGUUACGCAUCCAGCAACUGUGUUCCCGUAAAGCCACCCAGACUCCACAAUACAGUUUUAAAAAUAGUCUGGGCGCAGCUUUUUCUAGAGGAAGUUUAAAUCCCCGGGUCCGUCAGUGGACUGCACACUACACUUCGGUUCUCUCGAGCGUGGGUGGAGGGCGAGCCCCCUCCCCCGAAGUAGCCUAGAACCCCAGAGGAGAGAGUGGAGGACUACAGAAGGUUGGGAUGGGAUGCCGCUCCGGGGCUGGGUAGCUGAAGCCCAAUGAGAAGUUCCAGAAGGCGGGAUCAGAGCCGGGGGGAAGAGGGAGGAAGAGGGAAUCUCGAAGCCUUUCCUUGUCCGUCGAUCUCCUGACCCCAGGGCGCUGACCUUUGCGUGGCCCCGCAAAGAUGGGAGUGCUCGGGCUCCCUUGGCCUUCAGCCGCUGCCCAGCCGGGCUUGUUGUUACUGUUGCAGCUGCUGCAGCCGGUGCAGCUCGUGACCGCAGGGACUUCAUCCCACCAUCUGCGAUAUGACUUCACUAUUGUAUCUCAGCCCAGCCAGGGCCAAAACUCUUACACGGUCCUGGGCUACUUUGAUGGCCAGCCUUUUGUGUGGUGUUGCCGGCAGGGCCAAAGAGCAGAACCCCGAGCCCCCUGGUCUCAGGUGCAAGGGCCUCGGUCUUGGGAGAGACUGAUUAGAAGCUUGAAGACCAUGGCCCAGCGCCUCCUUAUCAACCUGAAAAGCAUUAUGGAAACUAAAGAGACGGAAAAGGUUUGGAAUGGGGAGGCUCCAGGGUCUCACACUUUGCAGGCCAUAGCUAUGUGUGAGUUCCAAGGAAACCAGAGCAACCCUGGUUUCUGGAGGUAUGGCUAUGAUGGUCAGGAACUUAUCUUGGACUUAGAGAUGCUCAACCUAACUGAAACUGAGUCAAAGAGACAAGUGGAAGUCAGGAAUUACCUGGGAAGAGCAAACCUGGAACAAGACUUCCUGGUGCGGACUUGCCUCCACCCUCUUAGGAAAUACCUUGAAGCUGGGGUGUUGACAUUACAGAAAACAGUUCCUCCAUCAGUGUGUGUCACUCACCGUGGGGCUUUCAGUAAGAAGUCAAUCCUAAAAUGCCAAGCAAUCAGUUUCUACCCCGCGGACAUCAGUCUGACAUGGCUUCGGGAUGGAAAACCAAUGAGCAAAGGAACCCAGGAAUCUCAGUCUAUUCGACCACAAGGGGAUGGGACCUAUCAGAGUUAUGUGAAUGUUGAGGUACCCUCUGAAGAAGAAUCCAGAUAUGCUUGUCUUGUGGAACACCAGGGACUAAAUGGAACUUUUACUAGGAUCUGGGAGCCACCUCCACCAAAACUCCUUCCAAUAUGGAUCAUUUCGGGAUGCCUAGCCUCCGCACUGGUCUUUGUGGGAACUACAAGUGUCUUUAUCUGGAGGAGAUGGAAAAAGAAGAGAACAGGUUUUAGAACUAAGGAGAAUGUUUGAGGAGUGGGUCAUGGGGGAAGAAGAAGACCAAUAUCUGUCUAUGUCAGGUGAGUGAGAAGUAGGGAAAGAAGGAGAAAAUCACUAACAGAAGCAGAACUAGAAGAGAGCUCCAAAGUACAAGAAGAAACCAAAGCCAAGACAGAAAGUGAAUUGUUGCUCAAGAAUUGGCAGAGUUGGGAUAGAAUCCCAAUCCUGGCCUCCUGUCUCUUCCAUUAUAUUGUCUUUGGUUAAAUGAGAUAAUUUAUGUAAAAUGCUUUCCAGAGCACAAA